UUUUGUGAUGUUUGUCGCUGAUUCUUGGUAAUCGCUAGCGACGAUCUUGCAAAAUUUUAAGUCUACGUCUUUUUCUUCCUGGAACGCGCGAACGUUCGUUUUCCCAGCCGUUCGGUCGUGGUUCGAUGGUGGUCGAAAUGACACGAAAGAUAAAUAGAGCUGCGAAAAUGUUACCAAAGAAAAAAAUGCGAAAACUCUGGCCGUCUAAGAUCGUUGCAUUGAUCGUCUCGGCUAUCCAAGAUCUUCGCGAGACAAAGGGAUCUACGCCUAGUAAAAUUAUUGGCUAUAUCAGUUAUGGUUCUAACGUGGACGAUGGGAAGGUUAAGCGACAAGUAAAAUCAGUCUUGAAGAGAGGUUUGAAAUACGGUAUACUAAGAAGGUACCGAGGCCACUAUUUCCUUCCUACUUGCGACGAAUUAGACCGUGCAAAUCGUAUCGCCUUGAGAUUUGCUAAAUUACCGUUGCCCUCUGCAUAUUCCACGAAAUCGAACGUGCUAUUUCCCGGUAAAAUCGCACCAAUGGCAAGUCAGAGAAAGACGGGCAAGUCUGCUGCAAAAUCGCGAAGAACGAAACGGCUUGGGAAACCUCGUGAAAGUUUAAUCUCUCCUACGGCUAGUUUAACGAACGCAGUUUGCAACGUUGACGAAUUAUGAACAAUGGGUGGAAAUAUUACUAGAAAAUUAAAGGAGACUGUUGUUCGUUCGUUACAAUAACGAGAAACCUGCGA